UGGCUACAUUACUAGAGCUUUCACAGCUAUAAUAACGCAGUUAAAAAUGCAAAAAUGACGAAAGUCCUUUAUGUUUUAUUGGUAUUUCACUUAAUGUUUUUUUUUAAAUGCAACGCUAACCUCAAAAUCAAUGGCAACAGCAGUGCUGUUAAAAAGCAAGGGUUUAGUAAAAAACUUUCUUUAUUCAAAGAAGAUCAACAAGCUAUUGCUCGUGAAAUUUUAAAAAGAGCUCGAGUCAACGAUAAUAAAACCAAAGACCAGCAGCGAAAACCGGAAAACGUAUCAAACUCAGAGAAAAAUAUUUUAGCCCUUCGUAAAGAAAAGUAUUUACCAAAUAAAAAAAAUAUAAGCUUAAACAAUAAAAUUGAUAGAUCAAAUAGUAAUCGCAAGGUUUUCCAUAAAAAAGUUGAUAAAACUUUAAAGCAAGAAAAAAAUAUUUUGACGCAUAAAAAUAAACAAUUGUAUAAUGGAAACAAAAACCAAUCAGAACUUCGCAAUAUGACAAAAUCUUCAAACAAAAAGCCAUCUGGUGUUUCGACAAGAGUUAGCGAUGAAUACCAGCUUAAACGACUCCACGCAUUAAAAGCAUUAAUCCACAGUGUAAUAGUAAGUACAAAUGCAAACAAUGAUUCAAUGUCAAUCAAGAAAGUAAAGGAAAAAUCUGAAGAUGGUUUCAAAACCAAACUUAACAUUAAUCCUAAAGAAACUCAAAGUUAUUAUGUUUACAACGACAGUAGCGACGAUAUUGUUACGACUACCCCACAAGAUUUAAAACGUCAUCGCCAAAAGUUAAAAAGUGAACACUUAAACAGAACCGUUUUGAAUGAAAAAGCUCUAGACGGUGGAAAAAUUAACUCAAGUGCUGAUAGUUUACUUAAAAACAACUCUAAACUUAUGAUUAAAAACCAAACAAUUUAUAAUUCUGUUACCAUGGAUCCUGUUGAUAAAAAACACACAGGCAUUGGAAGUUUUCAUAUUCUUUUUAACCCAAUGAACGACAGUGAAGACUAUCUUUCACAUAGAAAAGCAAAAGCACAAGAUAUCAUCAAAAGCAUAGAACUUAAAGUUUCAAAAAUGCAUAAUAAUGAACCAGCCAAACCUGACCGACCAGAGCAGCAAGUUCCUAAAGGCCUCAAUUUAGAAAAAAUUGGUUACGAAGAUUUUUGGGAACGGUUAGAGAUGGAAAGGAAUCAAAAAGGCGAGACAAUCAAAGAAAAGCUUGAAAGGUUAGAACAAGAAAUGAACGAAAGAAUGGAAGAAGCAAGACAACGAUCUGAAGAGAGGCGCCAAGAAAGACAACGCCAAUACGAACAAAAAUGGGGAAAAGAUCUUUAUUCAAGAAAUUCUGCAUUAAUUUCUGAAAACAGAGGUAUUGAUACCCCAAUUUUAUAUAAAAAUGUUUCUAACAGAGAAUCUAUGUUUAAGCCUAAAAACUACACUUUGUUAAAUAACACCGCGUUUUUAGCAUUCCACAACAAAAAACUUCAUGAUUAUAUCUUUUCAAAGUACGUUAAUUCACCAAGAACUCAUAGAGAAUUCGAUGUUAAGCAAGGAAACAAACUAAUGAUUUCUAAUGAAGAUGAAGACGAAGAAAACGCGUAUAAACAAAAAAUUCGAUUUUCAGAAAGCAUGCCAUUAAAUCAAGAAGAUAUUGAGGUUGGGGCUUUAGGGGAUUCUCAUCAAUGGCAAAUUAUUAGCGAGGAUUCAGUCGUGAAAGAAGAUACGGUAAAUAAUCAAAACAAAACAUCUGUUAAAGGCUCGCCUAGAAUUAAAAAGAAAUCUAAACAGACAAAACUAGUCUCAGAAAGUUUAGAAAAAGAAAAUAAAACAAACUCAUUAAGCAAUAAUAUUGGUAACAAAAGUCUUGUUAACAAUACUCUUGGUAACAAUGGUCAUGAUGUCAUGACAACAUUACAAAAUAGUUUUAUUCUCCACGGAGACAACGAGGUUUUAUUCAAAAAGCCUAUAGAUGACUCUUUUUUAGGAACUGUUUUUUUAGAAACGCCAGCGUCAUUUAACGUUCGAAAAAAGUUAGAAAACAAGAUAGAAGACGAAAGUAAACAGGAACAUUUCAAAAAGCGACUUGAUAAUACAAAAGAAUUCAUAAAAAACACUAAAGAUGUUAUCCAUUUACGAAAAAAUUUAAUUUAUUACCCACGAGCAAACAUUUUCAAACAAGCAAGAAGAAUAUAUCCGAAGAAUGUUUUGAAAACUAAUGAUAAAAAUAUAAAAUACCCACAAAAUGAAGCAUUUAACUUUCAACCGUUUCGCCGUUCAGAAGUUUCGAAAGAUGAAAAAACUAUUGACAUUAAUUUAGUUCUACCUAAACCAGAAACUCAAUCUAUCGCUCCUGCAACACUAAAAGAUACUCAGCAAAGUAUUGCAGAUUUAAUACAACACACGCUGGACAGUCAGCAAAAGUCAUCAGCGAAUUCGGAUUCCUCUGAUAAAAAUAUAAUGAACCGCAUGGUUUCAGAUUUAACUCGUGCUUUAGAUAGACAACAAAUGACAAACGAGAUUAGUCAAAUAACCAAUACUCUAGCUCAGACAAUGAUGAACACUAUGUUGCUUAAUCAACGUCCUCAAGAAAAAUCACCAUCAAUUGAAAAUCUUGAAAAAGAGGUUAACAGUCUAAAAACAAGAGCAGCAGUUCCAAUAGAAUCAAUUGACUAUGAAGCGGCCGCUGUACCUUCGUUGAAAGCCAUAUUAAAAAAAAUUAAGAAAAAAAAUAGAAAGUUGAAAAAACUAAUAAGGAAAGUUAAAAAACCAUAUUUAAUGCAAUCUUCUAAUAUUAUGCCCGGUUUAGCAUCUCAAAUGCCGACCGGAGGAAUAUAUGGAGGAAUGUCAGUUGCACCACAACCUCCGCCACCAGUAAUGCCAAAUAUUCAACAAGCACCUGCACCUCAACCAAUAAUGUUUUCUGCUCCAGCGCCACCUCAACCGCCACCUCAAAUAAUUGCUGCUCCCCCUCAACAACCUCAAAUGCUUGCUGCUCCGCCUCCACCGCCAGCACAAUUAGUUGCUGCAGCACCUCAAACUCAAAUGGUUGCUGCUCAAGCUCCAACACAAGUAGUUGCUGCUCAACCUCCAACUCAAGCAGUUGCUCAAGCCCCAACGCAAGUAGUUGCUCAAGCUCCAAUGCAAGUUGUUGCGGCUGAAGCUCCAACUCAAGUUGUUGCUGCUGAAGCUCCAGCUCAAGUUGUUGCUGCUGAAGCUCCAACUCAAGUUGUUGCUGCUGAACCUCCAACUCAAGUUGUUGCUGCUGAACCUCCAACUCAAUUUGUUGCUGCUCAACCACGGCCACCAACUCGAUUAGUUGCUGCUCAACCACGGCCUCCAACUCAAGUGGUUGCUGCUGCACCUCGACCUAAAGUAGUUGCCGCUCAACCACCUCAGAUAGCUCUACAAGUUGAAGAAGAAGUUGAACCAGUAGAAAAUGUUGAAGUACAACAAGCCCCAAUAGUUCAACAAGAAAUGGUGGAAGAACCAGACCAAAAUCAAGUAUAUGUUCCUCAGACUCGUCCAAAAGUUGUUCAAGCGGUUGAACAAGUAGCGCAAGAAGUCGAAGCACCUGUGUUAACAGAAGAAUGUCAAUCAAACACCGAAAGUCCAGAUAAUCAGGAUCAAGAUUCUGAAGAUAACAGCCCAGAUUUAAUUCAAAAUGUUGAGCCAGUCCAAGAAGUUGUGAAAGAAAAAGCCGCACAAUGCCAACUGAACAGUGAUGAAAAUCUUCCGUCGUUUGAAUCCGAAGAGAUAUCAAAUCCCGAAGACUAUCAAGAUGAUGAAAACUCAAUUGAUGAACCUCAAGAUAUUCAAACUGAUGCAUCAAAUUUAAAUGAAGAUCAGCAGCAAAAUCUUCCUUCACAGUUUAACCAGUUUGAAGAUAUUAGUCAAAAAAACAAUCAGGAACAAUCAUACCAACCAGCCCGUUUUCCAACAGCAAAAUAUAAAAAAAAGCAUCGAGGCCGACAAAAGCCUUUUCCGUUCGGAGAUGUUGACUAUGAUCUUCAAAAUUACCCAGAUCCAUCUGAAACACCAAAUCAAUCUAGUGACUCUAUGGUUAAUGGAAAUAUUGAUCCUGACCGGUAUACUGAAAAACUGAGAAGAAGAAAAAAAAAAUUUCCAAACCAAAUAUAUGAUGGGCAAGUAGAUUUGGAUGAUCAGGAUAGUAAUAACAAUUAUGAUCAAAAAACUCCACUCUUUUCAAAAAGACGAAAAAACCAGAAAACUCAGUACAAAAAUAGUAGUCAAAUGUCUCGAUUACUGCAAGCUCAACUAGCUAAUAUUCUUUUAAACAACCUUGAUCUUCAAACCAAAAAUCAGCGCAAGGAUUCAAAAAAAUCAAAUAAUAAAAAUACAGAACUCCAAGACAUUGAUCAUGAUUUUAAAAACGACGAUAAUUAUAAGGUACCAAAACUUAAAUCUAAUCAAAAAAAUGUUUGGAACAUUUUAAUGAAGAUAUUGCAAUCGUCGAAGCAACGUGAUAACAAGAAACUUGGUGAUAAGAGCAUGUUAAGUAAAAAUGUUGCAGAAAGGAUUCUUUUCAAAACAGCUAUAAAAGCAAACAAGUUGCUGCAAAAAAUUUCCAAGCCAAAAUUAGAUACAAAAAAGGCUUUUUUUAAAAAAUUGGAAUCAUUUAAAAAAGUCAAAAACACAAAAAAACAUUACAAAAAACAAACAAAAAAAAACCUGCCAAAAAAGUCUAAUGAAAAACAUUUAACAAAUAAAAACUUUAACGAUACUGUCUUUAAAAUACCAAAAAGUAUAAAGAAGCACCAACCUGUAAACGUGUGGCUUAGGAGUCUUUGAGGACUACUUUGCCCAAUUUUUUCUCUUAGAUUUUUUUUAUUAAUUAUUUGUUAUAUUUAAAGUCAAAAAAAGACGUAAUAAAAUGAUUUCUAAAUUAAAUUAAAUAUGACUUUAUUAAAUUGA